GCGCAUUGUGCUCCGGCUGGACCCGUGACGGCGCUCCCGUGGCCAUUAGCGUGGUGGCACCAGGCUAGAGUGGACGACAUGUUAUGACUGAUCGCACCAUGACGACAAUGAGAAAUUCACGCAUAAUAUUGUUCUGUGGCAUCAUCCUCAUACAUUCAGCUUUUCCUUUGGAUGUGCAUCAUGAAUCCGAGAAGCACACAGAGAUAAGUAUCAAAACCGAUGCUCGGGGUCGCCGUGACGUCAUCGAAGAGGAGAAAUACUUCAACAUCAACUCUGAUAUGACCAGAAAAGGUAACAAUAUAAACCACCCGACACCAUGGAUGCCAGGUCCUCUGCCCCCAGAAGAAGACCCCACUACCAAAGUCUCGCUAACCAACCCAGAAGUCAAGGAAGUUCUGCCUUUAUUUCAAACAACAGAACGGGUAACGGAUAAGCCAACAGGCAGGGGAGCACGAGCUUCUAACGAGAAUUGGAUCAAGCUUCCAUUCCCUGAUCGUGAAGAUGUCCAAAGAGACGAUAUCUUAACACCACCACAACCAUCCGGAGACCUGAUAAAUUCCCGAAUGCCACGUGUAAACUUCGUGACCCAAAACAAGCAGUUGGAAACAUCAGAAUCGAGAAAUGACAAAGAAUCAAUCCAACGCGCCACAAGAACGGACAAUAUAAGGACGGAAUUCGUCAGACCAGACCGGGAGGAUGACCGCUCGAAGCCCUACAAGCCGGUGUACCCGAGACAGGCCGUGUACUACCCGGAAGAGUCCAGACGACACUACCACGAUGAUAGAUACUACCCCGCCGACGAUUUAUACAGACGCGAUCCUUACUAUGAUUUAUACGACCGCAGGAGGUACCCGGUUUACGGACCGAGAAUUGAUAGAUACGAUGAUGAAUACGACAAUUACGUACCGAGGAAACCGAAACGGAUCAUAUAUUACGCGCACCUGCCAGACGUUGUGAGGACGCCGCCUAGUGUAGAUUUGAGGUACAGGUACUCCGCGGAUCCUUACAGGCGCUACGACGACGACUAUUACGCUAGAACCGGCCGCUACGAUUACAGAUUCAGAAACAGAUACCCUUAUGCUCCUCUAAGGAAGGAGGAGAGGAACUAUAGAGAUUUGGCCGGUGCCGGCACUGUUGUUAAAGAUAAAAAGAUCGAUGAGAAAAUAACGCCAACACCAAUUCUACCGCAGAAAGAAGAAAAACCAAGAACCAGUCCAAAUAACAGUAAUAUAAACAAUAGAAACGUCAAUAGGAAUAUGAUAAACAGCCACCAGUAUCAUGACGAUCUACCUACUUAUAAUGACCAGUUGACUCAUAAAACGUUCCAAGAUGUAAUGAGGCCGGAUGAGGGUUAUCUAAGAUUCGAGGAGCCGCUGUUUCAAGGCGCCGUUGAAGAUCCGUAUCAAAGGAAAUACUAAGGGCUUUCCUGAGUGGCUUAACCUACGUUCCUGACUUGUUUUUGUACCUCGAAAACCAGUCAUGAACGUCGUCACAUGUGAACCGAUUCACACGAGCAAAAGCUUAUGAUAUUUACAAAUUUGUUUAUUAACAAUUUAAUUUAAAUAUUUAUUUCGAAAUAGAGAUUAAGCUAAUCGCCGAAAUGUUUGUACGAUGUGCCGCUAAUAAAUAUAAUUACACAGA